UGCUUUUUGUACUGAGUUAUAUAAAAUGUUGACUUGACUUAACUUUGACUUUGGAGAACAGACAAAUAUAGUUAUACUUUACUCAUGUUUUGACGCAUUUAUCUGUGAUUAUUUUAUCAGUCUACUUAGUCUCACGAUGGACAGGAAACAAUGUUGCGUGAGUCUGUCGGUCCAGCCAUCCAGAGGACAAAUGGAUGAGAAGUUCAUUGUCCUCAUCCAGAAUGCCCCACCUGGUUUCAAGCUGACCGUCCACGCUUUCCACCAGUGUGAAGAUAGAAUCAAAUGGGAGGCGUUUGGUCACUACAUUUCUGAUGCCACUGGGACUGUGAACGUUUCAGAGGAUCUCAGUCUGGGGGGGACAUAUUCGGGGGUUGAACCAAUGGGUCUAUUGUGGAGCCUCAUACCAGUUCCAGGCAGCAAACCUGGACUCAGGAUGAGGAAGUUGAACGUCCAGACUCCCAUGGAGGUCACAAUCUCAGUGUACCAGGGUCACCAGACUGAGGGGUUUGUGGAUCUAGUGUCGCUGGCGUCUGUGUUGGUGGAGCGCUGGCACAUGGCGCCUGGCAUCCGCAGGAUCCCAAUCACAGAGGAUGGACUAUCUGCAACUCUUUUUCUGCCCCCAGGACCUGGACCUUUCCCUGGAAUCUUGGACCUGUGGGGGGGUGGAGGGAAGUUAGUGGAGUACCGUUCAGCACUGUUGGCCUGCCAUGGCUUUGCCUCCCUUGCUCUUGACUACCUGACAAAUAAAGUCACCAUUGAAACUGGGAAUUUCGUGGACAACAAGUACUUUGAGACGGCCUACAAUGUCCUGCAGCAGCAUCCUCAGGUCCUUGGCAGCAGGAUCGCCAUGGUGGGACUUUCCUUAGGCUGCGCUAUCACCUUCAAAAUGGCUAUUUAUUCUGAUGUUUUUAAGCUCAGUUGUGCGGUUUGUAUCAGUGGGAGUCAUGUGCAGCCAGUUGGUGGAUCUUUGGAGCACAUUAUGGAUUUUUUUAAGGAAAACGCUUGGAAGACUCGUUUCAGUGAGGAGAACGAGACGAUCGUGCGAGACCUGCUGCUGCCCAUUACCAACGACACCUCAUUCAAAGCAGACGUGGGUCGUCUCCAGUGUCCUCUGUUGCUGGUUGUAGGUGAGGAUGAUCAGAACUGGCCAGCCUACGAGUCUGCGAUGGACAUCAAGGAGAUGAUGGAGGGAGCAGGGAACAGCCACCUGCUGACUGUCCUGUCUUACCCAAACACUGGUCACCUUAUAGAACCUCCAUUCACGCCGCACACCAGAGCCAGCAACUUCAUGUCAGCCGCCUCACAUAAGUCAACAUACUUGUGGGGCGGAGAGAAGGUGGCCCACUCUCAUGCUCAGGAGGACGCCUGGAGAAAGAUGCUGCUCUUUCUGAAGGAGAAUCUGUAUGCUGGCAGAAACCCUGUUCUUACCUCUUUUUCCCACCUUUGAUGAAGUUGAUAUCAGUACAAAAGAUGAAUAACCUUUAGAAAAAACACUCAAGCACAUUGUCAGGAAUGCUGAUACAGCUGCUUAACCCCUUGUAGAUAAUGUCACAAAUUUGCCUCAAACCCCAUUCCGGUCUUAAAGCCGCCAAGAUGAGGUGAUGGAACAGCAAUGAUUGUACAGAAACAUAUGUUGUUAUUCAAUUCAAUCAAAAGCAGCAUCAAUAUAAUAAUCUACAUACCAGCCUAAUGUCGCUAAUUUGCCUCAUACCAAAAUGUAUAUCUAUUGUAUAUGUUAUAUUGAAAAUAACAAUCUCGACUUAAAUUAGCAUCUGUAUGACAGCCCAAAACACAAAUAGUAUUUUUUUUUAUAUAAUUGGAAAUUGAUUCAGGCAAUAAGGGGUUAAUCAUUAAUAUCUCAUCAGCCAGACAGCAGCCUGAUGCAUAAAAUCAUUCACCUAGAGGUCAGAUAUCUUUACUUAAUGUUCACAUCAUCACAUUGUUAAUUCAUAUGUGUUAAAACCAGAGCACAUGUUGAUUUGCAUAGCACAGUCAGAAAUAAUCAAGUGAAGACAUAUGCUCAUUGAUAGCAUGAACGCCAUGUCGUGUGAAAGAUGCACCACAACACUGGUAGCUGCAAUUUUCCCAUCUUCACAUAACAUCUGAGAAAGUAACAUAUCCUGAUCUCAUUGUCAAGAUGGCUGGCCACUGGGGAGUAAUGGGCUUAAAGCUUAAUUUGUCUGUUAUGAUUUACCAAUGUAUGUUUUUCCUGCUUCAGAUGUUUCUGAUAAUUUCAUUUAAGAAAUGUCACAGUUUUUGGUUGAUUAAUAACUACAGAAUACAUUUGCUGCACAGUCAUUACAUUAAUUAAAUGAUAAAAUAACCACUGCAAGUCUCAACAGCAUCUUACUUAUUCCUGUAAACCUGCAUAAACUAUUUGUUCUUCACCUGCCAGAACCCUCAUCUCCCCAACAAAUCUUUGCUUUAUUAUUCUUUUGUCAUCAUUGCUGUACAAUUUGUGUGAGUUUAUUUUUCUUCUCAAAAAUAAGAGCAAAAAAGAUUUGA